UUUCUUCAGUUUCGUAUACAAUGGGCCAGCAUUGCAUUGCUUUACUAUGAUUACGCUUUGACAUUUCCUGCCGAAGUAAAGUAUAUCUGGGGAAAGAAGUUCCGUAUCUCGACUUUCUUGUAUAUCUGCUGCAGAUAUGCCCUUAUUGCAAAUGUCCUCUUCUUGGCUGCCAUUGCAAAUAAAAUUCCAAAUAUUACAAGGGUCAGUAUUUGUGUUUUCAUCUGUGAUGCAUGGUACAAAUUUGAUGGUGCCAUCAGUGUUCUGGGAAGGGUAGCUGUCGUCGCAACGAUCACUGGCAGAACGUAUGCUGUGUAUGGAUGCAGUAGGCUUGUUCUCGUUGUCCUUGGUUCUCUUGGACUGACGUGCAUUAUACUCGAUAUUGUGCGUAAAUCACAUAUGCGUACUGACUUCUGUGACACUGACGCUGAAAAGAUGCAUGUUCCGGAGGCAGGUCUCUUAGCAAUUUUGAUGUGUGUUUUCGAGUUCCUUGCAGUCACACUCACCGUUGUGCGCUGCAUUCAAGAAUGCCGAGUAGGAGGUUCAUGGAAAUUUGAAAGAGGAGGAUUCUUCACAUUGGUUUCUCAACAAGGCUUUUCCUACUAUUGUAUUGUUUCAGUUUUCACAACGACUGCAGUCAUUCUGACCUUUAGGGGUUCAUUCUUCCAGCGGAUCCCUAACGCAAUGAAUCUUCCAGUAUCUUGUCUCCUGACGGCUCGUUUCCUUCUCCAACUGCGUGAAUGGCAAAGUCGAGACACUGUAAACGCCGAAACUAGUGCGAACUUGGAAUUCGGUACGCAAAGUAAUGAGCAUGUGCAGACAUUGUCAGUGCUCCGUGCUGUCGCCGUUGUCGAUGAUGCCAUACUGGAUGAUUUUGGUGGUUACGAGCCGUCUGCGGAUUUCUCGUGGGAAACUGAGAGCACACGUGCGUAUGGUGCAGAGAUGAGUCCUGACAGCGAGAAUGGGAUCGUGCUUGAUAAUUUGCUGUCAUCGAGCGGAAACACGGUUGAAAAGGACUGUUCUGGAAAAGUAUAA